GACCUGGGGAAGCUCCACCCUAGGAGGAGGCUCAGCCACAGAGGUGUCUUCUCCACAGAGGGAGCACAGAGCAGGCAGCAGAGACCCAUGGAGCCUCCCUCAGCUACUCCCCGCAGAAGGCUCAUCCACUGGCAGGGGUCCCUGCUCACAGUCUCACUUUUAAUCUUCUGGAGCCCAUCCAUCACAGCCCAACCCACCAUUGAAUCGGUGCCAUUCAACGCUGCUGAAGGAAAUGAUGUUCUUCUACUUCUCCGCAAUCCGCCAACAGAUACUUUAAUCUACAUCUGGUACAAAGGGGAAAGUAGAGACCACAACAAUAAAAUUGCAUCGUAUCUAACAGGAGCUACUCAACCAAAUGCUACAGGGCCUGCCCACAGUGGUCGGGAGACAAUAUACCCCAACGGGUCCCUGCUGUUCCAGAAUGUCACCCUGGAGGACACAGGAAUCUACACACUACAAAUAACAAAGACAAAUGGUGACAAUGAGGCAUUAGCUGGACAGAUCCGUGUACACCCGGAGUUACCCAAACCCUUCAUCACCAGCAACAGCUCCAACCCCGUGGAGGACCAGGACUCUGUAACAUUAACUUGUGACCCUGAGACUCAGAACACAACCUACCAGUGGUUGAUAAACCAUCAGAGCCUCCCAGACAGGGCCAGGCUAGAGCUGUCCACAGACAACAGGAUUCUCACUAUACACAAUGUCACAAGGAAUGACAAAGGACCCUAUGAGUGUGAAACCUGGAACCCAGUGAAUGCCCGCCGCAGUGACCCAUUCAUCCUGAAUGUUCUCUAUGGCCCGGACACCCCCACCAUUUCCCCCUCAGACUGGCAUUACCCUCCAGGGGCCAACCUCACUCUCUCCUGCAACGCGACCUCCAACCCACCUGCACAGUAUUCUUGGCUCAUCAAUGGAAACUACUUGCAAUCCACACAAGUGCUCUUUAUCCCCAACGUCACUGUGAGUGAUGGUGGAAACUAUACCUGCCAUGUCCAUAGCAAUGCCACUGGCCUCAGCAGAACCACAGUCAAGACUAUCACAGUCUCUGGAACAUACAAGUCUUUGAACAGGCUCAUGUGUUUUCCCAAAUGAGAGGAUGAAACAACCUCCUAUGGGGUGGUGGCAGGAUGGAGCUCUGCCUCUCUGCUCUGUCCCCUGCAACCCCGCGCACCAGCCCUGUUCUGACACCAUCUGUGGUCGGAGCGGGGAGUGCGGAGCAGGUUCAGGUGUGCUGUGUCCUAAUCUUGCUAAAACAUGCAGCCCACGGACACCAGAGCCACGCCAGAUCAGGCUGCAAGGACAUGGGGAAAGUGCCAGCUUCAGGGCAGAGGCAUCCAAGCCUGUGACCUGGCUCUAAAGUCACAGCUGUAUCCCCUGUGUGACACUGGCACAGAUGUUACACAAAGGAGAACAAUGCGUCAUGAAUCCUACUUGGAAAACUAGGCAGAUUCACCCAUGAAGUCUCUUCAUGGGAGGGAAGGGGCAGGGCCAAAAGUAUGUUCAGUAAAACCUGCGAAAGCAGGAACCUGUGUAAGGCAGAAACCUGUCAGAGAAGGAAAACUCAAAUAUUUUCCACUGAUAGAGAACAAUAGAAAAGUGGUAAAACUGCACCCUGUCAAAGGCAAGAAACUGCCAAGACCCGGAAAAGCAAGGCAGUCCCGCUGGGUUCUGGCUGCAGUUUACAGAGAGGGCUGAGGCUACCUGACUUUGUUGAAACAUAACCACUUCCCUCUAAAGUUUCCCUCACGUGAUAGUCCAUGCAUAGACUGAAAGCAAAAGCUUUUUCAGAUUGAGAAAUCCUUUAGAGUGGAACCUUUUUGUUUCUAAGAUGGUGAAGAAUGGGAUGGCUCUGCUUACUGCCUCAUAUAAUAUUUAACAAAAAGGAAACACCUUUCUUUCCAUAUGUGAAGCUGCCCUGCCCCAGCAAUAGACAGGGCUGGCAGCCUGCCCUUCCCCUCCCACCCCACCCCCACAGAACCGUCUACUAGAGAGGGGCCUGAUCUCUUCCACAGUCGCAGGAGGCCCUAGGAAAGGGUCACAUGAAUAUCUAGAGAAGAAAAAUUUGCCUGAUGACGAGGUGGAUGGACACGUGGGCUGGGAAGAGGUCCCAGUGCUGAUACAUCAAGAAGUCAGGGUGCUGCACCUAUUUCCUAGUGAGGGGAGGAAACACCCUGUCCUCACAGAAUAGCACCUGGACAGAGACAUGACCUCUGCUGAGGGUUAGAACCACCCUCUGGGUCACCUUUCCGGCUCACUGUGGGGCCUGCAUACUGGCUGAGAUCUCUUAGGAAGAGGACUGAUUGCAGCCCCAGGCCUCCUUUCACAGUCACCUCCUCUGUUUCUGCACAGAGUCAGCGACAAAGCCCUCCAUCUGAACUAGCAACACCACAGUCACAGAACAUGAGGGCCCCGUGACCCUGAUCUGCCUCACCAAACACACUGGAAUCUCCAUCCUGUGGGUCUUCCAAGGGCAGAUCUUGCAGCUUAUGGAGAGGAUAACGCUGUCCCAGGGCAAAAGCUCCCUUACCAUAGACCCUGUCAAGAGGGAGGAUGCUGGCGAGUACCAGUGUGAGGUCUCCAACCUGGUCAGUUCCAGCAAAAGUGACCCCCUCAUCCUGACUGUGAAAACUGAGUGACUCCUCAUCCCCUCCUCUGAGUUAUAAAAUUAUAAAUCUUAAUUUUCUUAUUUGUAUCCUAGUGGUUAUGAUGCACUUUAUAGAGUAGUUGUGAAUAGGCAAUGGAAUGACUGGAAAAACCUUAGACAAUUGUAUUGUGACACUAAGUGUCCCAAAAAGUGAACAUUGUCAUGUUGUUGGCACAAAGUCACGUUCACCUCCUGUCCUACCACUGUGGUCUCAGUUGCACCCUCUCCACAGUAGAAGUGACAUGGCUCCCUCCCAGGAUGGGCAGUGCCUGUGUGCGAUGUGGGGGGCUCAGAGCACUCCCAGCACAUGAUCAGCUCUCAGGAACCACACCUCCAUCACUCCUCCAGUGGAAGGUGAGGGAAGGCACCUGGAGUUCACCAUGGCAAAGGAAAUAGACAAGAGGACAUUCAUGUGAUGAUAAUACACAGACAAAAUGUACUUGACAUUGUAAUCCACCCAUGAGGUCCCUGCCCAGAGGUGGGGAGAGGAGUUGGAGAGCCCAGGGCCUGAGAACAAGGCACAACCUCUGAGGGAAAGGGGCAGUCUUGGGGAAGAUUCCCAUCCCACCAACAGACCCCACACCACCUCAGCUCUCCUGGUUAACAUCUUCCUAAGUGCUGAGUGUGAUUCAGGGCUCAGGACCUCGAGGUCUCUGCAGGGAGAGGGCUCCCCAUUACUGACAUACAUCAUAGACAGGCAUUGGCAAAGCGAAGGUCUCUCCCCACAAGGUGUCAUCAUUGCCUAGAAAAGAUGCACGCAGUACCACCUGCUCCUGGAGACACAGCACCGGCUGAAUCACAAUGGGGCGAACCCCAAAGCCACAGAGGAUGAAUCUCAG